CAGAACCAGGAACUAAACAGCACGUAGUUGGCAUCAGAACCGGAGACAUGUGUGGCAUUUUUGCAUAUUUGAAUUAUCAUGUGCCUCGCACUCGCCGCGAGAUCCUUGAGGUCCUCAUCAAAGGUCUGCGGCGCCUGGAGUACCGUGGCUAUGACUCUGCAGGUGUGGGCAUUGAUGGGGGAAACAGUAAGGAAUGGGAGAUUAACUCUAAAAGCAUCCACUUGAUCAAACAAUCAGGAAAGGUGAAAGCCCUUGAUGACGAAAUCAAUAGGCAGCAGGAUAUUGAUCUUGAUGUGGAAUUUGAUGUGCACCUGGGCAUUGCUCACACUCGAUGGGCCACUCAUGGUGUCCCCAGCCCUGUCAAUAGCCACCCUCAAAGAUCAGACAAGAACAACGAAUUCAUUGUUAUUCAUAAUGGAAUCAUUACCAACUACAAAGACCUGAAGAAGUUUCUGGAGAGUAAAGGUUAUGAGUUCGAGUCUGAGACCGACACCGAGACCAUCGCCAAGCUGGUGAAGUACAUGUAUGAUAACCGUGAGAGCGAUGACAUCUCCUUUGCAACCCUUGUGGAGCAAGUCACUCCGCAACUGGAAGGAGCUUUUGCUCUGGUCUUCAAAAGCAUUCACUACCCAGGAGAGGCUGUUGUCUCCAGGAGGGGAGGUCCAUUACUGAUAGGCGUUAGAAGUGAUCACAAGCUGUCCACAGAUCACAUCCCCAUCCUGUAUCGCUCCUCUGUUAAAGACAAAAAGAGCUGUAAUACUCUGCCCAGGAUGGACCAGGAUACGUGUCUAUUUCCUGUGGAUGAAAAAGCUGUGGAGUACUACUUUGCCUCAGAUGCCAGUGCUGUAAUCGAGCACACCAAUCGGGUUAUCUUCCUCGAGGAUGAUGAUGUUGCCGCAGUUAGCGACGGCCGUCUCUCCAUCCAUCGGAUCAAGCGCACAGCAGGAGACCACCCGGCCCGUGCCAUCCAGACCCUACAGAUGGAACUGCAGCAGAUCAUGAAGGGGAACUUCAGUUCCUUCAUGCAGAAGGAGAUCUUUGAGCAGCCAGAGUCUGUGGUCAACACCAUGAGAGGAAGAGUCAACUUUGAGAACAACACCGUGAACUUGGGAGGACUGAAAGAUCACAUUAAAGAGAUCCAGAGGUGUCGAAGGCUCAUCUUGAUUGCUUGUGGGACCAGUUACCAUGCUGGAGUUGCAACUCGUCAGGUGUUGGAAGAACUGACUGAACUUCCUGUCAUGGUGGAGUUAGCCAGUGAUUUCCUGGAUCGAAACACGCCUGUGUUCCGAGAUGACGUGUGCUUUUUCAUCAGUCAGUCGGGGGAGACCGCAGACAGCCUGAUGGCUCUGCGCUACUGUAAGGAGAGAGGCGCCCUGACGGUGGGCAUCACCAACACCGUAGGCAGCUCCAUCUCCAGAGAAACGGACUGUGGCGUUCAUAUUAAUGCUGGCCCAGAAAUUGGAGUGGCUAGCACCAAGGCAUAUACGAGUCAGUUUGUUGCUCUCAUCAUGUUUGCCCUGUUGAUGUGUGACGACAGAAUCUCCAUGCAGCCACGGAGACGAGAAAUCAUCCAAGGCCUCAAAGUUCUGCCAGAUCUGAUCAAGGAUGUGUUGAGUCUGGAUGAGGAGAUUCAGAAGUUGGCGACUGAGCUCUAUCAGCAGAAGAGUGUUUUGAUCAUGGGCCGAGGCUUCCACUAUGCCACCUGUCUGGAAGGAGCUUUGAAAAUUAAAGAGAUCACAUACAUGCAUUCAGAGGGGAUUUUGGCUGGAGAGCUGAAGCAUGGGCCUCUGGCUCUGGUGGACAAACUCAUGCCUGUCAUCAUGAUCAUAAUGAGAGACCACACAUACAACAAGUGCCAAAAUGCACUGCAGCAGGUGGUGGCAAGACAGGGGCGUCCCAUUGUGAUCUGUGAUAAGGACGACUAUGAGACCAUAAAAAGCUCCAGUCGCACCAUUAAAGUGCCUCAUUGUGUGGACUGCCUUCAGGGAGUUCUCAGCGUCAUCCCUCUACAACUGCUCUCCUUCCACCUCGCUGUCCUUCGUGGAUUCGACGUUGAUUGCCCAAGAAACCUGGCCAAAUCAGUGACCGUAGAGUAAACACUUCCCGACUGAUGCCCUAAAACACACACACACACACACACACACACACACACACACACACACACACACACACACACACACACACACACACACAA